AUGACAAGUCUGGUCCGUCCGCACCAAACUCCUCUGAUGUUUUGGUUAUUGUUCUGCUUGUGUCUUUGGAACACCUUCGUCAAUUACGGUGGCGCCGAUGAGGUGGUGAUCAACGAAGAUAACAUUAUCCGAGAAGCACGUUUUACCGUGCCGGACGCGAUCAAAAUUUUAAACGAUACGAACUUUGAUGAGUUGGUCUUUCCCUCGAGGUUGAAUACGACGGAGGCUGCCAGCCCAAAGGGGUCGCCGCGGUCGUGGUUUAUUUUUAUCUACUCCCCGUGGUGCGACCUUUGCAAAGGCAUGCUCCCGCACUUUCUCGACGCGGGGAUAAGUUUAACUCAAGAUGACGCCUCAGGGGCACACGCCCAGAUGGCCCUUCUCAACGCCUACACCAGCCCCAAGCUUCGCGGACGCUUAAAGAUCAAGUACUAUCCCACACUGCUCUACACCACAGGCGAACCCCCCUACUGGGGUGAAUUCCACGGCUCCCACACCCUAGAAAGCUUCCGAAGCUUCGCCAAGUCCUUACAGACCUCUGUGAACACCGGCGCCUUUAUGGAGACCAUCACAGACGUCGCGCGCUUUGCGCGCGAGACCCGCAAGGAUGGUCGGGUGCCCAUUUUGGUUGUCCUCCCGACAGACCCCCGCGGGGGGCCGGUGAACCUGACGGAUUCCCCCUGGGCCAUCGCCAUUAAAGCCGCCUUCACCCUUGCCAACACGCGAUUUGGGCUGCUCGCGGCGGACGCGAUGGGGGAAGAAGGGGCAACGGCGAAUCGCGAAGUCGUUGAGGCCGCAAAGGCCUGCGGUGGGACCGGGGCGGUGGUGGUGUCCUUCACCGAUCGCGUUCGCGGGCCGCGGUGCUACGCGGGGCCGUGGUUGGACCCCCUUCUCGCCCCCCCCUUCAUCAGCGCCGGGCUGACGGCCUUCCUCCUCCAGCACGGCUUCCAUGCCGUGGAGGAGCUGAACGGGGCGCUGGUGGAGACCCUUGUCACAGGCCAGACGGGCCUGCUGGGGAUCCUCUUCACCAAUGGGACGCUCGGCCAAGACGACCGGGACUACCUCCCGGUCCUCCGGGCGAUCACCCAGCGGUGGAAUGAGGAGUGGGAAGCAAAGGGCCUCCCGCUCGAGGAGGCGUGGCGCGCGCCGAGGGUGACUUGGGCCCAGGUCGAUGGCAGCACCUACGAUCACUGGCUGACGCGGUAUCAGGUCGCGCCGGAGGAGAUGCCAGCGCUGCUGAUUCUCGAUCCCGUUCGAACACGGCUGUAUCGAGUCCGUACCCGCGUUCCCGAUCUCGAGGCGAUUAAACUUCAAACGCCGUGGGAAAUCGGGGGUGUGCAGGAACGUCUACUAGAACAAUUCAUCCGUGAUGUAGUCGCCGGUAAGUACUACGGCGAGAAGCUUUCCGCGGCCACCGCGCUCGCGGAGCGGCUUUCCUAUGUACCUGGUCUCGAACAGGUCUACCGCCUGCUCGGCUACGAUGACUUUGUGUUUGUAUUUGUGAUCUCCUGUGUGGGGUUCUUUAUGUUUCUGUUGUUCAUGGCUCUCGUUGUUGAGCCACUUGCCACAAGACUGCUAGACAACCCAAAGAAACUGAAGACGGACUAA